GCGCCUGGCGUCCGGACAGCGGCCGCUGUGCGGGGCUGGCCGGCCGGAAUGUGAAGAAAACGAGGCUUAAGCCCUUGUGAGACAAAGUCUGGCUGUAUUGAGAGAAAAGAUGGCACCUAUGAAAAGGAUAUAGGACCAUGGCAGCAGAUGAUGACAAUGGUGAUGGAACGGGUUUGUUUGAUGUCUGUCCUGCCUCUCCUCUUAAAAAUAAUGAUGAAGGCUCAUUGGACAUAUAUGCUGGGUUGGACAGUACUGUUUCUGACAGUACUGCUAGGUCCUGCGUGUCAUUCAGAAACUGUCUAGAUUUGUAUGAAGAGAUCCUGACUGAAGAAGGAACUGCAAAGGAGGCAACAUACAAUGACUUGCAGAUAGAAUAUGGGAAAUGUCAGCAGCAAAUGAAAGAUCUGAUGAAAAGAUUUAAGGAAAUACAGACACAGAACUUGAACUUAAAAAAUGAAAACCAGUCUCUUAAGAAGAAUAUCUCAGCACUUAUCAAAACUGCCAGAGUGGAGAUAAACCGUAAGGAUGAAGAGAUAAAUCAUCUUCACCAAAGAUUGUCUGAGUUUCCACAUUUUCGAAAUAACCAUAAAACUGCAAGAACAAAAGAUUCACGAUCCAAAUCUCCCCAUUUGGACAAUUGUUCAAAGACUGAUCACGGAGUUAAAAGUGAUGUUCAGAAAGAUAUACAUCCUAACACUUCACAACCAAACUUGGAAAAGGAAGGGAAAUCACAUUCUGAAGCACAGAAUUCUUUGCACUUGUCUACGGGUAUUGAGAAACAUUGUACAAACAAAGUCUGGUCACGUUCUCCUUACCAGGUUAGUGAAGGUAACUCAAAUGAGGAUAAUAGAAGAGGAAGGAAUGGCGUCAGACAUAGCCAAGGUAGCAGAGGAACUGACAGAACACAGAAAGACUUGAAUAGCAGCUGUAGUGAUGGCGAGCCAAGGGACAAAGAGACUACUUCCAGACUACACGGAAACCCUGAGAAACAUGGAAGCAGUGAAGCAAGGGCUGAGAACAAAAUUUCAGAGAUUAAAAGUAGCACUGGUUUGGGAAAUAAAAGCGAGCGCAGUGCCUCUUCUUGGGAAAAAGAAACUUCCAGAGAAAGGCCACAUACUCGAGUGGAACCUCAAAAUGACAAAAAUCUAGAGAGACAAAAUGAAAGAUUACAAAAUACACACAGAAAAGAGCUUCAGUCUCAGGACAAAGCAGAAAGAAAAGGUGAUGUGAAGUUUAAACCAGCAGGAGAGGAGCAGGGGCAUCGGGGAAGAGUGGACCGUGCAUUACCUCCUCAUUCCAAGAAUGACAUGAAAUAUUAUGGCUUCAAUAAGUAUCAUCCAGAAGAGAGAAGGGGAAGGGAAGAUGGUAAACGAGACAGAGGCAUGAGCAGUCAUGGCUUUCAAGAUAGAAGAUGUUCAUCUUCUCUUUCAAGCAACAGAAAUAGCAAAUACCCACACUCCAAGGAAGUCAGUGUUGCACACCAGUGGGAAAAUACACCUUUCAAAGCAGAAAGACAUAGAACUGAGGACAGGAGGAAAAGAGAACGAGAAAACAAAGAAGAAAGUAGACAUGUGAAAAGUGACAAAAAAUCACCUCCAGAACACUUGCAAAGGACUCAUAAAGACACUAAGAAAAGCACUGCUAAUGGAAAGAGACAGACGGAGCAGAAACACGGUAAAGGUCCAGUCUCUAACAGUGAGCUUUCUAAAGGGACAGACAAUAGAGAGUGUACAAUGAAAGUGGAGAAUGGGCCAAAUGAAGCAAAGGGCAAGGACUUAAAGUUAAGCUUCAUGGAGAAGUUGAACUUAACUCUUUCUCCUGCUAAAAAGCAGCCUGUUUGUCAAGAUAACGAGCAUCAAAUAAUUGAUGUUCCCAAGACCAGUGUCGUGUGUGACUCACAGUCCUUGGAGAAGACUGAAACAGUGGCAUGUCUUCCUUCUUCUGUCAGUAAACACGAUAGAGAGGAACCCAAAUCAGAGUUACCAGAGCCAAAGGAGGCUCUUGCAGCAACAUCUCAACUCAGGACCAGCAUUCCAGAAAAUAAAGUGAAGGAAGAAAAUAGAUUGUUAUUUAAAUCUGUUGAGAAUACUGUGCCUUGUGAACUGCUUGCUUGUGGCACGGAAAUUUCCUUCCCAGCACCUGUAGAAAUUGAGCAAGCAAGAUGUUUGGUCCAAUCAAUGGAAGUGGAAGAGACAUGUGGUGGUGCAAGGGCAGCUGCUUCUGUGGUGAUGCGUGUAUUACCAGAACAUGCUUCUGAAGACUUCAGCCAAGAAUUGGGCACCAAAAGACAUGAUGAUAUAAAUUCGUGUGAUAUUUCUGAAGGUGGGAAAAAAAAGGUGGUCCUUUCACCAAAAGCAGCAGCAGCCAGUGAGAGCCAUCUGGAGCCUGUGGUUGAAGAACCUAGCAUUUCACCAGUAAACUGUUCGGGAGACAAUAAUCCUAAACUUGAACCUUCUCUUGAAGAGAGAUCUAAGGUUGAGAAUAAAUCUUCUCCUUUGGAGCCUUGUUUACCUAAAGAGAUGUUUGUACCUUCACCACAGAAGACUGAGUUGAUUGACCACAAAAUAGAUACUGGAGAAUCAAACUCGGUAUAUCAAGAUGAUGAUAACUCAGUUUUGAGUAUUGACUUUAAUAAUUUGAGACCUAUUCCAGAACCCAUCAGCCCUCUGAAUAGUCCAGUGAGACCGGUAUCCAAAGUUCUUAGCAUGGAGAGCUCAUGUACAAUUCCACUGUAUGAUAGCAGCCAUAAAGAUGAGUUUCCAUCCAAUUCAACUCUUUCUACCUUCAAGAGUCAGUCUGAUCUAAAUAAGGAAAAUGAAAAACCAGUUCCCAAAUUUGACAAAUGUUCAGAAGCAGAAUCCUGUAAGAAUUUGUCUGUAGAUGAAUUAGAAGAAGGGGAAAUUAGAAGUGAUGAUGAAGAAUCUGUAGCACAAAAGCGUUUGGAAAAGAGUGCAAGACCCAGAACUUCUACUGAAGUGCCGCCAGGUAAAAUCAGCCCAGGAAGCAGGAGGAGCACUGUGCAUGUGCAUAAGGAUAACGGGAGGACAGUUGUAAAACUCCCUCGGGACAGAAUCACAUGGAGCCAAAGAUCAAAUGAAUCUAGACCCUCAAACACCGAAAGGAAAAGUAAAACAAUGAGCAUCUCCAGCUUGGAAAAAAUACUUCCGCUUAUUCUUUCACCCUCCUCCGUAUGGGAAGUUAUGCAUAUGUUACGGUUGCUAGGAAAACAUGUAAGGAAAAAUUACAUGAAAUUCAAGAUAAAAUUUUCAUUGACACAAUUUCAUAGAAUUAUUGAAUCGGCAAUUUUGAGUUUCACAUCACUAAUUAGAUACCUUGAUUUGUCUAAGAUCUGUAAAUCAGUAAGUACUUUACAGAAGAGUCUUUGUGACGUUAUAGAAUCUAACCUUAAACAAGUAAAGAAGAAUGGCAUAGUUGACCGUUUAUUUGAACAACAACAAACAGAUAUGAAAAAAAAAUUGUGGAAGUUUGUGGAUGAACAACUUGAUUAUUUGUUUGAAAAACUUAAAAAAAUCCUACUAAAGUUUUGUGAUUCUGUAAACCAUGAAAAUGACAGUAGUGAAGGAAAACUUGGAAAAAAAUAUAAAGAGAGAGCCCAACAUUCAAAUUGUCAGAAGAAGAAAAUGGACAACAAAGAAAUACGGAGAGAAAAAGUGCUAAAAUCAGAAAAUACUGUAAAUUUUAAAUCUUCACUGGGUUGUGAAAAAUUUGAAGAAAAACAUCAAGACCAAAAUAAAACCAAUACUACUACAGUAAAGCAUGAUGUGAAAAGAACUUUUAGCACUUGCACUGAUAAUAAUACAAAGAACUCUGAAUGUAAAGAGCAGUUUCUGGGAAUGAACUGCCCGAGUACCCCCAGGCCAGGAGAAACUGAAGGCAAUGUGGAGGAGGGGACACCGGCGGCACAGCACGCCUGCGUUAAGUCAGAGCGGGGCUUUGAGAUCCUCACCGAGCAGCAGGCGUCCAGCCUUACUUUUAACUUAGUGAGUGACGCACAGAUGGGUGAGAUAUUUAAAAGUUUGCUACAAGGUUCUGAUCUGUUGGACACAGGUGGCACUGAAAAAGCGGAGUGGGAAUUAAAGACUCCAGAGAAACAGCUGCUAGAGAGCCUCAAGUGUGAGUCUGCACCAGCUUGUACAACAGAAGAGCUAGUUUCAGAGGUGGCUUCUCUCUGUCCAAAGGUGAUCAGUGAUGAUAAUUGGUCUUUAUUAUCAUCUGAAAAGGGCCCGUCUCUAUCUUCAGGGCUUUCACUGCCAGUUCAUCCUGAUGUGUUAGAUGAAAAUUGUAUGUUUGAAGUAUCUUCUAACCUUGCUUUAAGUAAAGAUAAUGUAUACAGCUCAGAAAAGAGUAAGCCCUGCAUUUCUUCCAUACUCUUAGAAGAUCUUGCAGUCUCUUUAACAGUACCGUCACCUCUGAAGUCAGAUGGCCAUUUGAGUUUCUUAAAGCCUGAAGUUUUGUCAACUUCAACUCCUGAAGAAGUUAUUAGUGCACAUUUUAGUGAGGAUGCUUUGCUUGAGGAAGAAGAUGCAUCUGAACAGGACAUUCAUUUAGCUCUAGAGUCUGAUAACUCAAGCAGUAAGUCAAGCUGUUCCUCAUGGACAAGCCGGUCUGUUGCUUCAGGCUUUCAGUACCACCCUAAUCUUCCCAUGCAUGCUGUCAUUAUGGAAAAGUCCAAUGAUCAUUUCAUUGUGAAAAUACGGCGUGCAACACCAUCUACCUCCCCUGGCCUUAAACAUGGUAUGGUAGCUGAGGAGUUGUUGACACCUUUGCCUAGAACUGGAAAAGAAGCUGAUGGGGCAGCAGAGAAAGAACCUACCCUGUUUCAGAGUACAGUUUUAAACCCUGUCCAGGACUUGGAAAAUUCCGACAAAAGUAUUGAAAAGAGCAAGCCAACUCAUGAAGAUCAGAACUCUAUAGUACAAACACAGGUUCCAGAUAUAUACGAAUUUCUUAAAGAUGCUUCAAAUAAGGUGGUUCAUUGUGAUCAAGUGGUUGAUGAUUGCUUUAAGUUGCAUCAAGUAUGGGAACCAAAAGUUUCUGAGAGCCUUCAAGAAUUGCCUUCAAUGGAAAAAAAUGCACACUCUGUUGAUGAUCAUCUUCCUAAUACACACAUAGAUCUAACAAAAGAUCCAGCCACUGAGACUAAAAGCUUGGAGCUAAUGGAUGUAACAGCUUUAGAUAUCGAUCACUUGGAACAUUCUAAACCCAACUUAGAUCAAGAUGCACAGAUAACGUGUACUUCGUUACAGCAUGAUGCUGUAGAUGCUUUUAUUGAUUUGACACAUGAUGUUUCAAAUGAGAGUAAAAACGAAAGUAAUGAACCUGUGUUAACUGUUGAAGGUAUGGGAUGCCAGGUAAUAUGUAUAGAUGACGAUAACCACAAAGAAGGAAAAGUGGGGAAGGUAAACAGUUCCUUAGAAUGUACUGUUGAGGAAACCUGUAUUGACUUGACCUCAGAGUCUGCUGGCUCCUUUGAAGUAAAGAGACACACUUUAAAGUCAGAGCCUCCAUCAAAGUCGGAUUGUUUAGAGUUGCCUGAGACUCUGGGGAAUGGUCACAAGAAGAGAAAGAACAGUCCUGCUGUGAGUCACUCUUCUCAGAAAAAGCAAAGAAAGGACAUGGACUUAAGUAGUGAAAAGACCAAGAGACUUAGUCCUAAUUCUGAUAGAAAUGGUGAUGCUCACAGAAAGCAUGGCAGCAAGAAGAAGGAACCUGCAGUAAGUGACACAUCCUCGUCAUCAGAGGUCAACCCAGAGGUGAAGGGCUCAACAGCAGCACUUGCUACUUUUCCAGGAAGCCUUUCUGCAAAAAAUGUUAUCAAAAAGAAAGGAGAAAUUAUAGUUUCAUGGACAAGAAAUGACGACAGGGAAAUUUUACUGGAAUGUCAGAAAAGAAUGCCGUCCCUGAAAACAUUUACCCACUUGGCUGUCAAACUGAAUAAAAAUCCAAAUCAGGUUUCAGAGAGGUUCCAGCAACUGAAAAAGCUUUUUGAGAAGUCAAAAUGCAGGUAGUAGUGGGUCCAUCGCAGGAUGCUAAUGCUAUGAGUUGCUGGAUUUCAUGGUGCCUCACUGAUAAUUCUUCUACAAAGAAGCUUCGAUUCCUCGUGUUUUAAAUGGGGAACUAGGUGGAGGUUUUGUCUGAGUUUUGGUGACUAGAUGAUCAUCUACCUUUUUUUUACUUUCCUGGUCAUUGUGCUUGGCUUAUUCAGAUCAACAGUCUGAUUCACUUUCCUGUUAUUGGUCAGAAUAUUUAUUUUUAAUCAUUAAAAGUUGUUAUCAAAUGAAAGAAUAAAAGCAACCUCAAUGUAAUACUGAAACCUUAGUUUUGAUAUUGGAUGAAAUAACUUCUUUAGAUUUUAAAAAACAAUUUUGUAGCAUUUUAAAUGUAAUGACUAUUUAGUUCACCUUUCUAUUCAUUUUUGUUUUUAUAAUUGCCUCAUUUUGGAAAAUUGUGAAAUAAUUUAAAUAGUAUAUUUGUAUAUAUGUAUAAUUAUUGUAAUGUAAAAUACUAUGAGUGUAUGUGUCUUGAGUGUAUGUAUGCACAUGAAUGGCUUUGCUAGCCAAGGGUUUUUUUAUCUAUAUAAAAUAUUUUGUAUAAACUUUCCUUUCAGUUAGUCAUGUAUAAUAAAAACAUGUAAAGUCCUUUUUA